UAAUCUGUAGAUUCCUAUACUGUCACGUGGAGGCCCGUACAGGAACACCAAACCUGCGCAGCCUUCACUCGCGUUUUACUCACCCACGCUUUACUUUGGUUUACGAUUACAAUGUCUCAAUUAAUCCAACCUGAAUUAAAUUAAUUAUACUGCCCCGGGUGUCACUGCCCUCGAUUAAUCUUCCAGUUUCCCCUAAAGGAUAGCUGGCGGACCGCAACGUAUGCUUCUUGCCUUGAGCGGCAGGCCUUGCGAUAUGCAAGUAUUUAAGAAGAACAAGAGAGAGAAAGGAAGCAAGAGGGAGAAGAGCCUACAGGCCCGCAAACCCGUUGCUCUAGCUGCUUGCAACUUCGCGAUCUUGGCCGUUUCCUUACUUGCGAGCCCUACCGGUACCGGAAUACUAAAUCGAACCGUUAUUGAUCUCGCGCUCAGAAUCCAAACCCUCCUCCUGCUUACGCUGAGCUUGCGAAUCAUAUCUAAUACCGGCAACGAGCUACCGGAAAGAAGGAGAGGGGGUGGGCCGGAUAUCGGGCGAUUACGGUCGAUGAUUAUAUACGGGAGCCGACCUAAGAGGAGGAGCAGGAGCUCCAGGACCGGCAGUAGCGGUAUGAGGAUGGGAAGGCAAAGAGGAGAGUUUGAGGCGUGGUGGGAGGAGAGGUUAAAGGAGAGGCAGAGGGCAGGUGAGUUUUUAAAAGAGAGGGAUAAGGCAAGGAGGAAAAUAAAGAGGGAUGGAGAGAAGCGGGCAGAGUGGAUAGAGAGGGAAGAACGGGAGAGGAGGGAGAGGGAAGAGAGGGAGAAAAGGGAAGAGAGGGAGAAAAGGGAAGAGAGGGAGAAAAGGGAAGAGAGGGAGAAAAGGGAAGAGAGGGAGGGGCAGGCUAAAGAAGAAGCUUGCGGACUAGUAGAGAGGCAGGCUUGUGAGCUAAGAGAGAGGCAAGUGGAGUUAUAUAUAGACGAAGACGAAUCUUGCAAUAAUUAUUAGCUUUAAUUCCAGGGCAAGUGAGGCUUGGGAGGGCUUAACGGACAAGAAAGGAAGCUUUACGGGC